AUGUCUUCUUCAGGAAGUCUUCAGAGAACCAGGUGGACUAAGGCCAUGAAUGUAGCAGCAAUGGAAUGUUAUUACUUAUCUAAUCCUGUGGAUAAUAAUGGCAGGUCAGUUAGGGGGUACAGAAAAAGGAUGUAUGAGAGUUGGAAGGUCAGAGGAGGUGAUUUAGGAAUAUCUGAGCAAAGGUUGUGUGAUCAAGUGAGAGCUAUUAGGAAGAAUGGUUGGUUAAGUCAAGUAGAAAUUGAAAAGAUUAGGAGGAAAGUAACAGAAGAUGUGGGUGAAGAAUCUAGAAAUAGUGUGGACAGGAGUGUUAGUGUUGAGGAAAGUGGUAGUGUCAGUCUGGAAGAAGAAGGGUUGUUCAUUGAUGUGGUUGAUGGGCCUAGCGAGGUGAAAAGUCUUUGUGAGGAAAUAGUGAAGGUACAUGAUGAGCUGGGAGACGGGAGUGAAAAGUAUAAGUUUGCUUUCAAAACUGUCGAUAGGAAAAAGUUGUCCAAGGAAACAUCUAGAGUAAAUGAGGCAUUGACGUAUAUCAGAACAAAUACAAUUAGUGAGACGAAUAGCCUAGUAUAUGCAGUUAGUGUCUUUAUUGCAAGAAAGUUGGGUUUAAAAAAUCAGCUGGUGCCAAAUGGUGAUGGUAGGAAGAAACGGGAACAACCUUGUUGGAAGAGGAGGCUGGAGUGGCAAAUUAUUGUUCUACGAAGAAAUAUAAGUAUAUUAGACCAGAAGUUAAAGGGAGCUUUAAAGAAUGAGUGGAAAUAUAGGGAUUUUGUUAGGAGGCUUGGUAUUAAGAAGAAGGGAGUGAAAGCUGUGAUGGAGGAGUUGAAGCAGAGGCUAAAUGCAAAAGCGAUGAAGGUAAAACGGUAUGAACAGAGGAUUAAGCAGCAUUAG